AUGACUUCGAAAAAAUCUGGCAAAGAAGUGGCAUUGCCACUCCCCCAAUCGACCUCUUGUCAUGGAAGAGACGACCCACCACUCGAUUGUGUCAGACAGGCGAAAGUUAACGUUCUACAGCGUGAUUCCCAGCACAAAUCCAUGGCAGUUGGUAUUGCUUUCUGCAUAGAAACCAUAGGUGACUCCACCACCAAGCCUCCAAGUCCGCCCAGAGUGGAGAGGGCAUGGGUGGUGCCCAUAGUGGAGAAGGCAUGGGCGACACCCAUUAUAUUGUGGGUCGCAACCCUUCUGAAGGUGAAGAAGGCAGUGCCCAUAGCACUGGCAACAUCAUGGGAGGCGAAGGCAGGGGCACCAACAGCGCUGGAGAUGAGAGGUGGCUUCGGUGAUGUCGUAGGAGAUAUGGAGGGCAGCACCCUUGGCGCAAGUUCCGGAGUGGAUGGCGACACUGGCUACCUUGUUGAUGGUGCUAAGGGCAUGGGUAGUGACACCCUUUGUGGGUUGGUUGACACCGAAGAGGAUCCUCAUGAAGACACGAAGAGGUAG